UCCUGCUCGACCAAGUCACCACGGACCGGAGAAGUGAAACUUUUGACUCUGGCGAUCGAUAAUGGAGUGGGAGAGUGAUGAUAAAGAGCUAAAGGCGGCCGGAGCUGAACCUCUUCCGGACGGCCGUCGAGGACUCCUCAUUCACGGUUGGGAGAUCGAGUGUCGCAAGCUUUUCAUUCUCAAUUCUGUUCAUCUUCAACGAUGGGAAAAAGAACUUCAGACGACUCACUUGCCGGAGAUGGUAUUUGGAGACAAUUGUUUGGUGCUUAAACAUGUGAAUAGUGGCACAAAAUUCUUUUUCAACGCAUUUGAUGCUUUAGUUGGUUGGAAACAUGAGGCCUUGCCGCCUGUUGAAGUUCCAGCGGCUGCAAAAUGGAAAUUCAGGAGUAAACCUUUGCAACAGGUGGUGCUCGACUAUGACUAUACCUUCACAACACCUUACUGUGGAAGUGAAACUGUCGAAAGAAAUGUCGAGUGUGGAAGUGCUAUACCUGAAGAAGGCAGCAGCUGCAUUCAGUGGGAGGAUUGUAAGGAGAAAAUUGAUUUGGUUGCAUUGGCUUCUAAAGAACCUAUUCUCUUUUAUGAUGAGAUAAUCUUAUACGAAGAUGAACUGGCUGAUAAUGGGAUCUCACUUUUGACUGUUAAAGUGAGAGUCAUGCCUAGUGGUUGGUUCCUAUUGCUGCGUUUCUGGCUUAGGGUUGAUGGAGUGCUUAUGAGACUAAGAGACACUCGUUUGCAUUGUUUAUUUGGGGAGCAUAACGAAUCCUCUAUUCUUCGUGAAAGCUGCUGGAGAGAAACCACAUUUCAGGCCUUGUCUUCGGUACCGAUGCUUUGUUUUGAGAGCUUAGAUGUUUUAGUACUUCCUCAAAAAAUCUAAGCAGAAAGUUCAUUGUAUUCAAUAAGGGAAAUAAUGUUUGACAGGAACGGCUUUGAGGUGCUCAAAACUUGAAAAUUGAGAAGCUACAAGUUUCAUUUGUUGGUGGCUGUGAGAUAGUAUGUUAUCAAACUUGGAUUAUGUCACUCAGGAUUGUAAGUGCUUUACAUAGAACUAAUAUUUGGUGCUUUAGUAAGAUGUGAAAUUAUAGCGCUGUAUCUUAUAUAUUACAUAAUAUGAAAUUCAGAUAGAUGAUGACCAUCAGGUAUCAAAGAUAUGUCUUCAGAAUGUGUCAGUAAAGAUAUAUAGAAGAGUAUUUAUGGGUA